CGCAAGGGCACUGAAAGCCACGCCAAAGUUAAUAACAUUUGGCUGUAGCUUCGCCCAUAAAUUCUCGAGGGAUUAGCGGCAACAAAAACUGAUUAAAAAGCCAGUCAGAUUUACGCUGCCAGGACAGUUGCGCAUGGAGAGCGCCAUACAGCUGAUGGAGCUGCAGCAUGAAACGAAGCAGAGCCCGAAGUGGACACGUUUGCUCGUGUGGAGCACGCUUGGCAGCACCAUUGGCGCCGCUGUGCCCGGCGGCUAUUGCAUGGGCAUCAUCAACAAUCCCGCCGUGCACAUGCGCUCCUGGUGCGCGGCCACCUUGCUGCAGAACUAUGGCAUGCAGCUGACGCCCGCUGGCCUGGACACGCUCUGGGCCUCGAUUGUGUCCAUCUAUUUGAUUGGCGGCGUGCUGGGCUCCGCCUGCGCCGGCUGGGCAGCCAAUCGUUUCGGUCGUCGCGGCUGUUUUCUGCUCAGCGGCUCGCUGCUGCUCCUGGCCGCGAUGGGUUUCUUCAGCUGCCGCUGGCUGCAGUCUGUGGAGCUGCUGCUGCUGUGUCGCCUGGUGGUCGGCCUGGGCGCCGGAUUGAUUACCACCGGCCUGCCCAUGUACCACAGCGAAAUUGCGGCGCUGCCACAGCGCGGCACACUGGGCGCCAGCUGCGCCGUUGGCUUCUCCGUGGGCAUUGUGCUGGCCCAGAUCUGCAGCAUGGAAGCGCUGCUCGGCGGCGAGCAGCAUUGGCAUUUGGCGCUCGGCUUUUAUGUGGUCUUCAUGGCCAUUUGUUAUGCUCCCUAUCGCUGCUAUGCGGAGAGUCCCAAAUGGCUGUAUAUAGUGAAGCAGCAACGGGAACAGGCGCUCCAUAUGCUCGUCCGUUUGCGCGGCGGCAAUAUUGGUCUGCAGUCAGAGAUUCAGGCCAUGGAACAGGAGGCAGCCGGCAAGUGCAGCAGUCGCAGCCUAGGUGAGGUCCUGAAGGAUCCCAAAAUGUUGCUGCCGCUGGUGCUGAUCUGCGCCUACCAAGGUGGCCAGCAGCUGACGGGCUGCUCCUCGAUCUUCUACUAUUCCGUGUCCAUCUUUCGCAGCAGCGGCCUGUCGCCACGCACCGCCGAGCUGCUGAGCCUGUGCGCCGGCAAUGUCAAUUUGGCCACAUCGCUGCUGAAUCCUUGGCUCAUGGCCCAAUUUAACAGACGCACCCUGAUGCUCCUGUCCAGCUUCUUUUGUGCUCUGCUCAUGUUCGCCUUCGGCCUGCUGGUCGAAUAUAGCGCGAUGAUACCCUGGUUGAUCUAUGGCACCAUUGCCAGCAUUUUCCUGUAUCUCAUUGCCUUUCAGCUGGCGCUGGGUGCCAUGCCCUCCUUCAUAGGCACAGAGCUCUUCGAGGUGCCUUCACGCUCGGUGGCCAACUCCUUGGGCAAUCAAACGGGCUGGAGCUGCAAUUUUCUGGUCGGCUUCCUAUUUCCCACCAUGCACUCAUUGAUGGGUUCUUGGGUGUUUCUGCUCUUCUCCAUGUUCAGCGCGCUGCUCUUUCUGCUCACCAAAUUCUAUUUGCCGGAGACGCGCGGUCGCGAGGUCUCUGAGGUAGCUGAGCUGGUUUCACAUGGUUUCAGGAGCAAAGUGCUUUGAUACAUAUUCUUACUUUAAGCGUUAUUUGAUCAGGUUUAAGUUAUAUUUUAUACGCAAUCAUUAAAAGGUGACCCAGGUCAUAUUAUAUAA